CCCUUUUAAUUAAUUAAUUAAUUAAUCCAAAUAAAAGGCUAUUGAAAACGCUUCAGCGCAUUAUUCAAAGUCAAAAACUCAGGACGACUCUGCGUCGAUCGCGAUUCUCUCGGCUUCGAAGAUGGUUCAGAAUGGAGCAGCUCCCCCAAGAGGAAGUGCAGCAGCUGCUGCCAGCCUUAGGAGGAGGAGGACAACAAGUGGUGGGACUGCUGGAGUUGCCAGUGGGAACAUGCUGCAGUUUUACACAGAUGAUGCCCCUGGGCUCAAGAUUUCUCCCAAUGUUGUACUUGUCAUGAGCAUUGGUUUUAUAGCCUUUGUUGCCAUUCUUCAUGUCAUGGGCAAGCUCUACUUUGUCCGGAAAGAGGCCUAAAAUGGUAUACUAAAUAGGAAAGCACAGUUGAAUGUGCUUUAUUUUGGAUCUUUAAUCAACAAUUGGUUUAGAUGAUGGAAGUAUAAACAUUGGUUUGUUUUA